AUGGGUGUAGUUAAGUUGUUAUGUCGAUGUCUCCUCAUUGACCUCGAGGCCAACAAAUCGAUACCUAGCCAUGAACUACGGACCAAGGUGAUGAACACAUUCAGUGAGAUGAAGGUAAAUCUUGCCGACCACACUGACAAGUCAUUGGUGGACUGCUUCCGGAGCUCACGUGUCAACUACGAGAAUUGCAAGUCUAUUCUCUUCAAUCAUAAGAAGUUGGUGACACUCUACUCUGAAGCCACUGGCAAAAAGUACCCUGAGAGAACUAAAAGGGUACUUCAACUUUGGGAGCAACUGCAUGCAUUGCUCAACCUCUGCCACAACAUGAAGAAACCAUUUAUCAAAGAGGAUAAAUGGUUUGAAUACUCAAACAGAUGGAUGGUCAACUUGAUCAGUCUUUAUGAUGAGCGAUCAGUUACAACCUAUGUUCACACCUUUGUUUAUCACUUAGGAUUCUUCCUUGAGAAGUAUGGUCCAUUGUUGGCCUUUGCCAACUUCUCCAUCGAGAGCUCACACAAAGUUACCAAGCAGAAUAGAUUAUUUGCCACCAACAAUGGUAUCAGCAAGAAGAAGAAGGAGGGAGCAGACAACUCAUUCACAACUCAACUUCUCUCCAAGUUCCUUCGAUUGUCAAUCAUUAAGCGUGACCACGAUAGAGAGAAGUGGCAAGAGAUAGAUAGGGAUGGCACCAAUUGGGGAAACUGGGAUGUGUCAACUAGGAAGAACAAGCAAUUGGAGGAGCUCUUCAAGAUCAAUGGCACAACCAAUGAAGACGAGUCAAAGAAGAACUAUCUACAGGCGUCACGUGAACACAAACAGACAUUUCGAGACAUCUUGGACGAACGCUUCAACAAUCACCUCAUCCAAGUACUCCAUCACACUCAACAACACCAGUCCUGGCACUAUCAACCUGAGCCUUGA